AUGGAGCACCUGCUUCGGCCUUGUGAGUACGUGGUCCAAAUAAUACCGCUGGCGCUGUGGAUAUUUGCGAGUUUCGACAGCUCUGCACUGCCUGGAACAUCAGCGGCGUCUUCUACAGUGCGCAGGCCUGUAAAAGAAGCAUCAUUGAAAAACCAAAAACAAAAGGAAAAAUUACCAGAAACAAAUGAAACUAGACACCUUAGUACACAAGAACUUCAACGAUUGGUGCUUUUGGAACAACUGCAAGUCUUUAGGCUUGCAAAGGAAAUCCUACUCCAGAAAAAACAAGAUCAGGAUAGCCGGCAGGAUAAUUGCGAUAGUCAAGAAGUAUCAGAAGCACAGCGAACGACUACAUGCAAUCUAGAAAUCCAUAAUUUUUUUAAUUUAGACGAAAUAAAGAAUUAUUAA